UUUUGAAAAUGAACAGUUUGGCCCGAGGGCCGAGGCCCUGCGUCUCCACCCUGUGUCGUUGCCUGGAAAACGCGACAGUGCGACAGCAGUGUCAAGCUCGCAACAACAACAAGAACAACGAUAACAGCAACAAGCAGAAGAUCAGCAACACUGGCUGCAGCACAUUGAAAAGUACGUUCCUAGGCACUAUUGGUAGUACUUUGGGCCCGCACAGUGCGGCCGCCCGAUCGUUUGCGUCUGCAUGGAGUCAAUGAGACGUAACGAGGCAAACACUAGCCACCACCCGAAUAAGGUGGCCCUGAAUAGCAGCAACGUAGCAACGGAAAGCAAUAUUAAGAAUAAAUUGUUAGCUAAUUUAAGUGCGGCAAACGCAACAACAGUAGCAGCAGCAGCAGCAGCAGCAGGAACAGCGGCUACAGUAACAACAACAGGAGCAGCAGCAACGACAACGGUAGCCACAAACCAAGCAUUGAAUUUCAAUAACAAAGUGAAGGCAACAACAGCAACGAAUAAUUUGCAAGGCAACAGUGCGAUUAAGAAGCAUACGAAAUUGAUUGGCGCUAGCAAAACAAACGCCGCAAAUACAACGACAACAAACAACUCAACGGCGUCGGCGAGCAGCAGCAGCUCAUCUAAUUCAAGUGAAUCGAAGGAUACUAACUUUGAGUACGAGGACGAGUGGAAUAUUGGCGGCAUACCAGAGCUGCUGGACGAUCUAGACGCUGACAUUGAAAAGUCGGCGGCGCAUUCGGGUGGUGGCAACCAAACGACAGCAACACCAACUCCAACACCAACAACAGCAGCAGCAACAACAACGACGACGACGACAACGCUAAAUGCUAAACAAGCAAACAGCACAGCAGCAGCAACAUCAUCAUCAUCAUCAUCAUCGACAGCAGCAGCAGCAGGAGCAGGAGUUGCUCACAAAUCGCACAAGACCACAUUGCAUAGCAAUUUGUCGGCCACAUCGCCAACCACAAUUAAGUUCACACGCCAGCCCAUUGCCAGCGGCAGCGCCAACGCAACGCCAGCAGCGGCAACAGCAACUGGCAGCAGCAGCAACAACAGCAGCGCAGCUGUGUUGUCCAACAGUAAAGGUUCGUCCUCAUCGUCCGCGGGCAAGCAUCAUCAUCACCAUCACCACCAUCAUCAUCAUCAUCAUAGCACAACUGGUAAGGGCUACAAAUCUGCAUUAGUCGCACAAUUGAAUAGCCCUGGUCUCAAUCACAACAACAACAACAACAACAGUCAACAGCAGAAUAAAAACAGCAGCAGCAGCGGCGGUAGCAGCAGCACCAGCAGCAGCAGCAACAGCGCAGCCAACGCAGGCACAACCGGCAGCACAUUGUCAUCCUCGACAUUUGCCGGCUUCUCCAAAGGCGGCAACUUGGUCUCCUCCUGCGUCAGCCAGUCUUCCUCCACAACAGGCAGCAGCAGCAGCAGCAGCGGCGGCAGUGGUCAACAACAAGCCAAACUCUCCGCUGGCGGCAUGUCCUCACAAACAGGCAGCGGCAGCGGCAGCAACACUAGCAACAACAACAGCAGCAACAACAACAGUAGCAGCAGCGGCAGCAGCAGCAGCAAUAAUAACAGCAGCAGCAUAAACAGCAACACAAUUGGUGGAGCCACAGUUGGUGGGCAAAGUUCGCAAAGCGGCAGCGGUAAAUCGAGCGCAAAAAUGUCCAUUGAUCAUCAGGCAACGCUCGAUAAAGGACUCAAAAUGAAGAUCAAACGCACCAAGCCCGGCACAAAGAGCUCCGAGGCCAAACAUGAAAUAGUCAAGGCCACAGAUCAACAGCAGCAACAGCAGAACGGUGCAUUGGGCAACAGCAGCUCCAACAACAGCAACAGCCAGCAGGAGGACGGCGGCAGCAGUAGCACCAGCAGCAGCAGCGGCGGCGGCGGCGGCGGCAUGAGCAACAGCAGCGGCAGCGGCAAUGCGAAUGCGUCUUCCUUAAGCAACAACUCGAGCGGCAGCAACAACUCGGGCAGCGGCAACUCUUCCGGCUCUAGCGGCAGCAGCAGCAGCAGCAGCAAAAAGCAUCUCAACAAUUCCAGCAGCGGCGGCAACAACAACAGCAGCAGCAACAGCGGCGGCAGCGGCGCCAAUCCAAAUAAUACACACGGCAGCAACAGCGGCAGCAGCAGCAACAAUAAUGCACAGUCAACGCCGCAGGGCAACAAGCGUGGCAGCUCUGGGCACAGGCGUGAGAAGACCAAGGACAAGAACGCACAUUCCAAUCGCCUCAGCGUGGACAAAUCAGCUGCAUCGGCAGCUGGCGAAAAGGACACGCCCGAGAAGAACGCCAGCAACAACAAUAACAACAGCAACAACAACAACAACAGCAGCAACAACAGUAGCAACAGCAGCAGCAAUUGUCAGUGCAACGGCGAUGUUGCUGCCGCCGGCUCGGCGCCACCCUGCUCGCAUCACGCCUGCAUACGACGCAUGAGCAACAGCAGCGGCAGCAACAGCUCGAGCGCAACGGCUGUGCCGCCGGGCGUAUUCACGCCCUCGGCUGGCUCCCCGGCAGCUGUUGUCUCGGCGGCUGCCUCGCUGCUGGCUGCAACGACGGCGGCAACCAGUGCCUCGCAAGCAGCAGCAGGUAAUGCUGGCGGCGGCAGCAGUAUAAAUGCAGGUGCCGCCAAUGCGCCUGGGCCGCCGGGCAAGGAUGCCAGCAUUAAAAUCUCCUCACACAUUGCCGCACAGCUGGCCGCAGCGGCUGCCUCGAGCGGCAGCAACAGCAGCAACCCCAACAGCAACAGCAACAACAGCAGCAGCUACGCGGGCAGCCAGAGUGGAGCAGCUGCAGCGGGCGGCGCAACGGCAGCUGGUGCGGCGGGCAGCAAUGCAGAUAGCAAGGCGGCCAGCCUGGCACAGGCCAAACUGAUGGCUCCGGGCAUGAUCUCAGCCACCAUGCACCACACAAUUUCGGUGCCUGCGGGCAGCGCUGGCACCGGUGGCGCCGGCGAUGAGGAGAGCAAAUCCCCGCCAGCUAAACGUGCCAAGCAUAGCGAUAACAGCAAAGAUAUGGUCGAUAUAUGCAUUGGCACAUCCGUUGGCACCAUCACCGAGCCGGAUUGCCUCGGACCCUGCGAGCCGGGCACCUCGGUCACCCUCGAGGGCAUCGUUUGGCACGAGACCGAGGGCGGUGUACUCGUUGUGAAUGUUACGUGGCGCGGCAAGACCUAUGUGGGCACUCUGCUCGAUUGCACCCGACACGAUUGGGCUCCUCCAAGAUUCUGUGAUUCACCAACUGAAGAAUUAGAUUCUCGAACUCCAAAGGGACGCGGCAAGCGCGGACGCAGCGCUGGCUUAACGCCCGAUCUGAGCAACUUUACCGAAACCAGAAGCUCGAUCUACUUCUCGCAUGCCCAGGUGCACUCGAAGCUGCGCAAUGGCGCCACCAAGGGACGCGGCGCGACGCGUAGCGCUUCCGGGAAUGCAACAAACAGCAGCAGCAGCUCGUCGGGCAAUGGCGGCAGCGGCGGAGGUGGUGGUGGUGGCAAUGGUGGUGCCACGCCCAGCACUUCACCCACAGCAUUUUUGCCGCCGCGGCCGGAAAAGCGCAAGUCGAAAGAUGAGGCGCCCUCGCCACUGAACGGCGAUGCCGCCGAUGGCGCUGGGGGCAUGGUGAGCAUGGUGAAUGCCAGCGGCAUACCCAUCUCGGCCAGCGGCGGUGGCCUGGCCACCCAGCCGCAGAGCCUGCUCAACCCAGUGACCGGACUUAAUGUGCAAAUCAACACAAAGAAAUGUAAGACUGCCUCGCCCUGCGCGAUCUCACCGGUGCUGCUCGAGUGCCCCGAGCAGGACUGCAGCAAGAAGUACAAGCACGCCAACGGGCUGCGGUAUCAUCAGUCGCACGCGCACGGCGCCAGCAGCAGCGGCGGCGGCGGCGUUAGCUCCAUGGACGAGGAUUCCAUGCAGGCGCCCGAGGAGCCAGCAACUCCGCCAUCCCCGUUGCCAGCAACAGCAGCAGCAACUGUUGCAGCUAGUGCAGCGGCAACAGCAGCAGCAGCCACAGCAACCGCAGCAGCAGCACCACCAGCAACUACAGCCGUGUCGCCCGCAGCCAGCUGCGCAGUCUUGGCCAAUGGCACCACAUCAGGCCCAGCCGCCAAGGCAACGCCUGCUAUUGGGUCAGAUUCCGGCAGUGCAGCAGCCAACAGCAGUGCAAUGAAUUCGGCUGCCGGCACACCAGUGGCGGCCACAGAUGUGGCGGCCGCUGUUGCUGCAGCACCCUUAGCCGUGCUGCCUCUGGUGGUUGCGGCGGCAGCAGCGCAACAAGCAGCGCCCGUAACGGCCAGUCAGGCGCAGCCACAGGCGCUACUGGCGCCAGGCAACAUGCCCGGCAAUCAGCCAAUUGCUGGCGGCAGCAUCACUGCCGGCAUCUCUACCCAGGCGCUGUCACAGCACCAGCAACAGCUGCUGGGCGGACUUGUCGGCGCCGGAUUGCCGGCCAUGCUGUCCGAGCAGCAGCAACAGGCACUGCUACAGCAGGGUGCAUUAAAAGCGGGUGUAUUACGCUUUGGCCCACCCGAUGCGGCGGCCCUGCAGCAGCAGCAGCAACAACAGCAGCAGCCACCUGGUGUAAACACACAACAGUCGCCGCCUGGACAAAGUCCACUGCGUCCGCCCAGCCUGGCACAGGAUGCACAACAGCCACCCGCCGGUUAUGUGGGACAACAGCAACCGCCGCCAGGCUUAAAGAGCACGCCCGGCUUUGGUCCCGCCUCAGUGGGCGCCGGUAGCAAACAGAAGAAGAACCGCAAGUCACCCGGUCCGGGCGAUUUCGAUGGCGGUGUUUCGCGCGAGGAUGUGCAGAGUCCAGCGUACAGUGAUAUAUCGGAUGACUCCACGCCCGUUGCGGAACAGGAGCUGCUGGACAAGUCGCAGCCGGGCAAGCACAUUGAGCUGCUGGCCAAGAAGCCCAGCGAGGUGGGCGUGCCGGCAGCGCCCACGCCCAAUAUACCACCCUCCCUAGCCGGUUAUGGCAUGUACCAGUUCUAUCCAGCGGCACAGCAACAACAACAGCAGCAGCAACAACAACAACAGCAACAACAACAGCAGCAGCAGCAGCAACAACAACAACAACAGCCGCCGCCGCUGCCACAGCAACCGCAGCCGCAGUACAUGGUGCAACCCGGGCCGGAUGCACUGCAGCCAGGCAAACCAUCGCUGCAGCAGCCGGGCGCACCGCCAGCUACCUCACAGACGCCACAGUCGCAUCUGUUGGCGCCGCCCACACAGCAGGCCGUUGCCCAUCUGGCCGAUUACAGCAACAAGAACAAGGAACCACCACUGGAUCUGAUGACAAAGCCGCCGUCGCAGGCGAGCGUCCAGCAGCAGUUGCAGCAACAGCAGCAGCCCGAGAACAAUGGCAAGGAUACGGGUCCGCCCACAUCGCAGCCGACUCAGGUGCAGCCGCCGCCGGUCAAUCUCAGCGCUGUGACUGGACCGCCGCCGGGCGCUCUGCCGCCAGGCAUGGCCGGUCUGGGCGGACUAACGCCCGCCAAGACCCUGGGUCACUUUUAUCCCUACAACUUCAUGCCGCCGGGCUAUCCAUACAGCGUGGAUCCCAAUUUCGGACCCGUUUCAAUUGUGGCCUCCGAGGAGGCGGCCAAGCUGGGCGGGCAUCCCGGCCUGCAGGCCAGCGCACAGGCACAGGCGCAGGCACAACAGCAACAACAACAACAGCAGCAGCAGCAGCAGCAACAGCUCUCCGGUAUCAGCAUUAAAGAGGAACGCAUCAAGGAGAGUCCCAGCCCGCACGAUAAUCCCAAGCAUAUGCCGCCACAGCAGCAGCUGCUGACCAACAAGCUGAUCAAACAGGAGCCGCUGAUCAAACAGGAGAUCAAGCAGGAACCCAACAGCAAUAUGGGUCAGCAGCCGCCGCCGCCGCAGCAUCAGCAACAGCAGCAACAACAGCAGCAGCAGCCGCCGCCGCAGCCGCCGCCGCAGCCGCAACAGCCGCACGCGUUGCAUCCAAAGGAUCUGCAGGCACUGAGCGCUUAUCAUCCGAGCAUCUAUCAACGCCAUUCCAUGAGCCUGGCGGCAGCGCGCGAGGAUGAGCUGCGACGCUACUACAUGUUCUCGGAUCAACAGCGGCGUCAGAAUGCUGCAGCCGUGGCUGCGGCACAGAGUGCAUCCGGCAUGCAGCCACAUCCCGGCAUGCCGCCCCAGCAUAAGGAUGAGUCCAGCCUCAGCGCGCAACAGCAGCAGCAGCAACAACAGCAGCAGCAGCUUUCGCUUGCACAGCAUCAGCAGCAGGCGCUGCAGCAGCAUCAUCAGCAUAUGCAACAACAACAGCAGCAGCAUCAACAGCAACAACAACAGCAGCAUCAACAGCAACAGCAGCAACAACAGCAGCAGCAGCAACAACAACAGCAGCAGCAACAACAACAACAACAACAACAACAGCAGCAGCAGCAACAGAAGCUUAAGCAAUCGCAGGCAGCCAGCGCCGCGGCCAAUAACAAAGCCACCAACCUGACCAAGGAGUCGCCCAAGCAAAAGGGCGCCAGCAGCUCCGCCGACGACGAUCAGCAGCAACAGCAGCUGAAGGUCAAACAGGAGGGCCAGAAACCCACGAUGGAAACGCAGGGUCCGCCGCCACCUCCCACUUCACAAUAUUUUCUGCAUCCCUCGUACAUUUCGCCUACACCGUUUGGCUUCGAUCCGAAUCAUCCAAUGUACCGCAAUGUGUUAAUGUCGGCUGCUGGGCCGUAUAAUGCGCCGCCGUAUCAUUUGCCCAUAACGCGCUAUCAUGCGCCUGAGGAUCUGUCUCGCAAUACGGGCACCAAGGCGCUAGACGCACUGCAUCACGCGGCCAGCCAAUAUUAUACCACGCACAAAAUCCACGAGCUAAGCGAACGCGCACUCAAAUCUCCAACUAGCGCAAGCGGUCCGGUCAAGGUGAGCGUCAGCAGUCCCAGCUUGGGACCACCGCAGCCCGGUGGCGGGCCUGGCAACAGUGGGCCCGGCUCUGGACCGAAUGUGCUCGGCGGCAAUGGGCCCAAUCAGCAGGGAUCAACGCCGGGCGGCGCAGGCGGUGUGCCGCUAAAUCUGCAACCACCGCCGGGCAGCCUGGGCGGCCCGCCGCCUAAUAAACCCGAAAUGGCUGGCCAAAAAUCACAUGGUGCGGCGCCAGGCGGUGCGCUUGAUGCGCAUAAACAGCCGCUGCCCGGUGCACCGCCCAUUGGCGCUGGCCCGGCCGGCAAUGGAGCUGUAGGUGUGGCCGGCGGUGCUGGCAAUGGCGCUGCUGGUGGUGCCGGUGCCGCCGAUUCGCGCAGCCCGCCGCCGCAGCGGCAUGUGCACACACACCAUCACACACACGUAGGCCUCGGCUAUCCCAUGUACCCAGCGCCCUAUGGAGCGGCCGUCUUGGCCAGCCAACAAGCGGCUGCAGUAGCUGUGAUAAAUCCAUUUCCGCCGGGACCGUCAAAAUGAGAACCACUGAAUGGCAGCAACGAGAAGAAGGCCUACAAUGUGAAAAACAACUAGCGGGGAAUGGGAACGGGAACGGGAACGGCCACGGGAUCGUGAGUUGGAUCAGAAUUGGAAUUGGCAUCGAAAGGGAGGAGAUGCGUAACUGGAAGAGGCAGUGGUUGAUAAAUACCCAAUUGCAUUUGCUAUUAGCCCUGGGCGAGCACACAUUAAGCAUAUAUAGCAUAUAUAUAAUAUUUUUACAAUGUUACAACAAAAAACAACAACAACAACAAAACCAACUACAACAACAACAAAAACAAAAACAACAAACAAAAACAUAAAUGGAAAAAUCGACUAUUUAUAUGCAUAAGUAUUUUUUGUAUGUUUCGUUUAACGUGUUAACUAUAAAAAUUUAGUUUAAGCCCUAAGUUAUCACUACUAUUACCAGAUAAAAAACAGAAAAGAAAAAAACAAAACAAUAUAUAUAUAUAUAUGGAUAUAUUCUAGAGUACAUACAAUAUGAUAAAUAUAGCAUAACUACAAAUUAGCGAUGUUUUUCCUAAGUGUAUUUUGCAUAUUUAUAUAUAUAUAUAUAUAUAUAUAUACGCACACAUAUAUAUAUAUAUAUACACAUAUUAUAAAAACAUAAUAUAAUUAUAGUUAUAUUUAUAUUAUACGAGAGAGGCGUAAAUCGAACAUGAACAAAAGAAAAACAAAUUAACAAAACAAAACAAAAAGAAGCAAAAAGAAGCAGAAGCAAAUGCGAAACCUGUAGUGUGUUGAUUUCUUGUAAAAACAAAACAAAACAAAACAAAACAAAAACAAACAAAUUAUAUAAUUAAUAUUAAUGCAUAUUGUUUAACGAUUAUUAUCGAUUACCAAUUACCGUUUACACUUUAGCAAUUACAAAUGUAGCACUUACAAUUUAGCA